AUGCAGAGGGCAGCGGUCGCUCUUGUAGUGCUGUGCGCCCUAGUCGGCGUCGUCGCGCACACCGACGCGGACGACGGGCGAGACAGCGCGCGCCGGCGGCAGCAGAUGAGUGCCGUCUGCGACGCCGUGGCGCCGGUCCGGGACGGCCGCGUGGUCUCGGAGGAGGUCGACAUUCCAGGCCUGCUGCAAGGCACCACGCUCCAUGUCGGCCUGACGCUCGAGCCGCCGUACAUCGUCUACGAGAGGGCCGGCGGGCAGGUCGUCGGGUAUUCCGGGUACAUCAUCGACAUCCUUGAAGAGGUCAAGCGGCGCGGGGGGUUCGAGAUCGUGCUGCACGCGCUCGACGAGUCGAAGAUCGCCGACGGCACGGAGAGCUACACCGCCCUCCUGGUCCGCGAGCUCGCGAGCGGGCAGUGGAACGUGCUGGCCUCGCAGUGGCUGGAGACCGCGCAGCGCCGCUCCCUGGGCGCGCUGUUCGGCCGCCGCAUCAACGACGCCAGCGGCUACGUGGUCGCGCCGCGGGUGAACGCCCAGGUCGGGCCCUCCACGAAGGAGAAGCUGAAGCUGUUCUUCAAGCCCUUCUCCGGCGAGGUGUGGGCCACCAUCUGCUGCUUCCUCAUCGUGCAAGCGGUGGUGAUGUUCCUGAUGGACCCGCAGCGCGUGCGUCUCGCGGCGGAGCUCGACGACAGCGACCGCAGAGCCAUCAUGGACGGCCGCGCGGACGACGACGCGGACGACUUCGACGGCGACGGCGAGGACGCCCCCGAGGGGCCGUUCGACAGCGUGGCCGAUCUCCCGCGGACCAGGGCGGGCGGCGCCGAGCGGCCCCGUCCGGCGGCCGCAGCGAGCCUGCGCGGCAACCACAUCCUCGAGCGGCAGGGCACUGCGCGCAUCGCCGGCCUCGCCGCGCACAACAGCCGCCGGCGCAUCCUCGCCGCCAACGCGCACGCGGGCUCGAAGGUCGCGUGCGCCGAGGACCUCGAGGCCGAGAAGCCCCGCGCGAGCACCGCUGCGGUGCCCGUGGGCCGCCCGCACCGGCUGCGCAGGGAGGCGCGGAUGCGGGGGCUGGCGGUGCUGCACUCGGUGUACGAGCAGCUGUCGCACUUCACGAUGUCGGCGGACGCGUCGAUCACGCCCGUGAGCUGGAUCGCGCGAGGCCAGAACCUCCUCUGGAGCUUCAUCGUCAUGCUGACGAUCUCGGCCUACACCGCCAACCUGGCAACCUUCCUCAUCGUGCGCUCGCAGCCAGCGCAGGGAAUCACCGGGGUGUCGGACCUGCUCGCGCGCCGGAUCCCGACGUGCGUGCCGCUCAACUCGGCCCUCGGCGGCUACAUCCAGGAGCGCUACCGCAGCCUGAACGUCGUCCGCACGACCUACCUCGCCGGCAUCGACGACAUUGUCGCCGGCAAGUGCCGCGCGAUCAUCCUGCCGCUCUUCGACGCGCAGGGGUACCUCGCCAAGCCCCCCGGGUGCGACUUCGAGCUGCGCGGGCAGCCCCUGGUGGACCUCGGCGGCGCGUUCACGUACUCGACCGACCCGGCCAGCUGCGGCCCGGGCGUAAUGGUGGUGGUGGACGCGCUGAUCACGGAGCUGUCCGAGGAGGGGUACUUGGAGGAGCUCUGGGCGACGUACGUGCAGUCGGAGUGCGCGAACGGCGAGGACGGCGCGGACGAGGAAUCCCUCACACUCAGCAUGGAGAACUUCUUCGGCCCGUUCCUGAUCUACGGGUGCGGGACGGCGCUCUUCCUGGCCGCCACCGCCAUCACGCGGAUGCUCAGCGUCCGGUCCGGCGCGUGA